CCUGUGAGCCUUUCCCCCCCGUGUCCCGAGUGGUCGCUCCCACGCCUUGCCCCGCCCCCUGGCGGCCCCCAGCCCGCGCGCUGCUAUUGGCGGUCGGCGGUCACGUGACGCGGCGGUGCCGGGCAGAUAUUACGCCUACCUUCAGCAAGCUCAAGCUUUUUACUCAUUUCCAUUCCAUCCAAUGAUGACUGCAGCGCCUAACAUGGAAAUCAUGAGUGAGCAGCUGACUCUAGAGGGCAUUCCAGAGCCAAAUAUUGCUGAGGAGCCUCCAAAAGAAGUUAAAAAAGGAGGAAGGAAAAGAAAAGCCAAAGUAACUGAGCCAAAGCAACCCAAAAAGCCUGCUGCUAAAAAAGAAAAAUCAGCCAAGUCAAAAGGCAAACAAGAAAAGAUCACGGAUAGUUUUAAAGUCAAAAGAAAAGUGGACCGUUUUAAUGGUGUAUCUGAAGCAGAACUUCUGACCAAGACUUUACCUGAUAUUUUGACCUUUGAUCUGGAUAUUGUAAUAAUUGGCAUAAACCCUGGCUUGAUGGCAGCUUACAAAGGACAUCAUUACCCUGGACCUGGAAACCAUUUUUGGAAGUGUCUGUUCAUGUCUGGUCUGAGUAAAGAACAGCUGAACCAUAUGGAUGACCACACCUUGCCACAUAAAUAUGGUAUUGGAUUUACAAACAUGGUUGAAAGGACAACACCUGGAAGCAAAGACCUUUCCAGCAAAGAGUUUCGGGAAGGAGGGCGGAUUCUGAUGCAGAAGUUACAAAAGUACAAACCUCGUAUAGCAGCUUUCAAUGGAAAAUGUAUUUAUGAAAUUUUUAGUAAAGAAGUUUUUGGAAUAAAAGUUAAGAACUUGGAAUUUGGACUGCAGCCUCACAAGGUGCCAGAUACAGAAACUCUCUGCUAUGUUAUGCCAUCAUCCAGUGCAAGAUGUGCUCAAUUUCCUCGUGCACAAGACAAAGUUCAUUAUUAUAUAAAGCUGAAAGACUUAAGGGAUCAGCUGAAAGGCAUCGCACCAAACACAGAGGUGCAGGAGGUGCAGUACACGUUUGACUUGCAACUUGCACAAGAGGAUGCUAAAAAGAUGGCUGUCAAAGAAGAAAAAUACGAUCCAGGUUAUGAAGCAGCAUAUGGAGGCGCUUACUGUGACCGUGCACCAUAUGAAAGUGAACCGUGCAAUUUCUCUUCAAAUGGAACUGAAGCAAGCAACCCACAGUACUGCCAGGGGUCAUCCUUCGGUGAAGUUCCUAAUGGACAAUGGAUGACACAGUCCUUUGCAGACCAGAUUCCAGAGUUCAAUGCUGGUAUGAUACGGGAAGAAGAGGGAAGCAGUGCGUAAGAGCUGUUUCUUCUUGGCUACGCACACAUGCUGCAGUUUUAAUGCAGUGAUCAAGAUUGGUACCUCGGUUCUCCAACUGCAGCAUUUUAGUAGUAUUUUAUCUCCACUAGUUAUUUUAUUAUAGUCCAAAGUAAGUGUGUGGUAGGCUCAAAUCAAUGAACUAGAGAAUUUUAAGGAACUGUCCAAACUUUUUUAAAAAAAAAGGUUAGCUUUUUUUUGUAUAUGAGUUUUAUAUUUAACGUAUACCAUUUCUUGCAGGUUUUGACAAAUUGCUUUCUCAUUUGUGAAGAUUUCUUUGGGGUAUUAAUUUUAUUCCAUAAAUUGUACUGUAGUAGUAACAGCAACGGUAGACUUUUUACUGAUGCCUCAAUAUUUGGAUAAUCUCAUAAUCCUUUUAUAUCCAGGGGGAACAAUGGGAGCGUACCCUUAUCUUACAUGAAGUGGUGUUUUUAAUCAUGCACAGUUAAGCAAAUUGUGCUUCUCAAGUCUGCCUUUUUACUUUCUUAAAAAGUUGUGCUCUGCAGCUGUUGAGUACUCCGUAUUUUCUGGGUGGGACAAGAGAGCUCUGCCUGUUCAGUGCUUGGACCAUAGUCAGAAUUAAGGGUGUGGAGACACCUCAAGUCACAACACUGGGGAGGAGAAUUUGUGUUGCACAGGACAGAGCCUAAAUACUCUAGCUGAGCUGUCUUCGGGUAAAGUGUCCCUAACACUCCAUCUCUUUCCCUCUUAAAUUCCAGUGUAAGAAACGAAUUCCUUAAAAAGGGUGGGGGGGAAACAGUAGUGGUUCUUGAAUUCUAUGGCAUUUACUCUGGUCAUUUUGGGUGUGAAAAGUCUCCUCACCUGACCUUUAAGAGGAGAAAACCCCUUCAAACAGAUUAGGUUGCAGGGAAUGGAAAGACUGUAUUCCCUGUAAAAGCAAGGUACAGCUACAUUGUUUACAGCAGGUACAAUUAGCACAAGGUGAAGGAGGAUUGCAGUUUUUUAACAUCCAGUUCUCUUUAAUUUUUAAGACCUUAUAGUGUGUUCUCAUUCCUCUUAAAAGUGAAAAAUAUUAAGUUUAAUGGCAGCUAUUCCAUGGAUAAGAAGUCCAUGGAACUUCUUAUGGACUGUAGCUGUAGAAACUACAGAGCUUGCUUAAACAAUACAUUUUUGGCCAAUAUUAGUGACUGAGAAAGAGCUGGGAUUCCGUGCUUGUGCCUGACCAUCAUCUUCUUUCCCUCUUUUAUCAUGUGAAGAAGAGAUGAAGUAAAAGCAAUAAGCUGAUCAAAACAUUAAAGUUUUGAUGAUCUUAUGACCGUAGGUGCUUCACAUACUUGAAAAAUAGAUACAAGUAGUAUCUCCACACUCCACACUUGGUCAGAGAUUCCUGUACCGGUGUGGUUAUCUUUAUCCUUUCCUCACAGCCAGUGACAGAAGUCAUGCUUUGAGUGUAACUAGUUAGUGUAGAUUCUAAUCCUGCUGUAACAGCUCUUGCUAAGAUCACGCACUGUCAACCUGUUGAGGCAGGCAUGAUGUUUACAGUUUUCUUCCCAAAUUCUGUGGCUUAAUUCUGAGCGUCUUAAAUCAAGAAAGUGAUUUAUGAUUCUGAUGGUGUUUAUUAGCUUCAGCAUAAAGCUGUUCAGUAUAUUGUCAAAAAGGUAUAGGAUUUGUCUUGUCUGUUAUUUAAAGUGUACUGUAUCAUGUAUUGCUGUUUACAUGGACAUUUUCCUGCAGGUGCUCAAAGUAUCUUGCAUCAGGGAUCUGUUACAAUUCAGUUUUAUUUUUCAACAGAAUUAGAAGCAUGUAAUUAGCACUGCUGAGUAGGUAGCACAGUAGGAUAUAACUACUGUAAGGCUAUCCUGUUUGAUCAGAAGGGAGAGGUCUCUUCUUUAACAGUCACCUACUAGGUUCUCUAGGUAUAAAAUUAAGUGUACAAUGACCGUUUCACUCAAUAUUGCAAUUCUUCGUGUAUUCCCUCAGAACUGGUGCUCUUUUUGUUACAGUGAUACAG